AUGACUGAAACCACAGAAGCACCAGUCGUUGCACAGACCGCCGAAACCAAGACACCGUCGCCCACGACCGAGACGGCAGUCGUCACGCCGGCAGAGAACGGUCAUGCCGAGGGCGGCGAUGCGAAAGCGGCUGCCGCAGCGGGCGAAGAACAGACCAAUGGAGCUGCGACCCCGGACGAGAAGGCCAAGGCCGAGGAGAAGAAGGAGGACCCACCGAAGGAGAUGCGCGCUGUCGUGCUGACCGGUUUCGGUGGUUUCAAGAACGUGAAGAUCCUGAAAAAGCCCGAACCGUCGCCCCAGGCCGGCGAGGUGCUGAUCCGCGUCAAGGCAUGUGGAUUGAACUUCCAGGAUUUGAUGGUCCGACUCGGUGCAAUUGAUUCGCCACCGAAAACUCCAACCAUUCUCGGUUUCGAAUGUGCCGGUGAAAUUGAAGCCGUCGGCGAGGAGGUCGAAGGUUUCAAGGUUGGCGAUCGUGUCGUGGCCCUACCGGAAUUCCGGGCCUGGUCCGAGUUGGUGGUCGUCCCGACCAAAUACGUCUAUCACAUUCCGGAGGAGAUGACAUUCCAGGACGCUGCUGCCAUCGUGAUGAACUAUCUGGUCGCCUACAUUCUCAUCUUCGAUCUGGUGUCGUUGCGCGAGGGCAAGUCGAUGCUGCUGCAUUCCGUCGGUGGCGGUGUGGGUCAAGCCAUCGUACAGCUGGUACGCACCGUGCCGAAUGUAACCAUUUUCGGUGUUUGCUCGAAAUCCAAGCACGAAGCCCUGGCCGCGACCGGUCUGAUUGAUCAUCUGAUCGAUCGUACCGACUAUGUCAACGAGGUCCGGAAGAUUACGACCGAAGGUGUGGACAUCGUGAUGGAUUGUCUGUGCGGUGAGGAAUGCAAUCGUGGUUAUGGGCUGCUGAAGCCGAUGGGCAAAUACAUCCUGUACGGUUCCUCGAAUGUUGUCACCGGUGAGACCAAGAGCUUCUUCAGCGUUGCUCGUUCGUGGUGGCAAGUGGAUAAAGUAUCUCCGAUCAAGCUGUUCGACGAAAACAAGAGCUUGGGCGGAUUCAAUCUGCGCCAUCUGCUGUACCAGCAGGACGGUUCCGAGUACGUCCGCUCGACGGUGGAUAAGAUCUUCGGUCUGUGGAAGGAGGGCAAGGUAAAGCCGGUGGUUGAUUCGGCCUGGGCGCUUGAGGACGUGGCAGAGGCGAUGCAGAAGAUGCACGAUCGCAAAAACAUCGGUAAACUGGUGCUGGAUCCGUCGAUGGAACCGAAACCGAAGCCAGCCACUCCGGCCAAGAGCAAAUCGAAGAAGCAGGCAAGUGAGGACAAGGGUGGCAAGAAGGACAAGGAUGAUGAUAAGAAGACGGGCGAGAAUGGUAGCGGUGACGAGAAGAAGGAAGGAGGCGAUGUAGCCGAAGAAGCUAAGACGAACGGCGAUGCGGAGGAAGGUGCGGCCCAGGUGAACGGAGAUGGCGCUGUAGAGAAGAAGGAAGAACCAGCCGUUGCUGCAACUAACGGGGAUGCAACCGAAAGUGAAAAAAAGGAAUCGAGUUGA